AUGAGAGGCACUGUUAUCGCUCGUGACAUUCAGCUCCCGGACGUGGCGUCGGGACGACGACGACUUCGCCCUCGCGAGGUCACGUGCGGGAACGGGAUCCGCCGAGGCAUCAUCGUCAGCCUGUUCAACAGAAGCAAGGCGAACAAGGAACCUGACUGGACAGCCAUGGAGGGAGAGAAGAGGACAGUGUCAGACGAAAUCGGACGUCGACAGUUCGCGAACCGCCGAGCGAAUAACGGAAAGGAUCGGAAAGAUUUGUAUACGGAAAAUUGGGACGGGAGUGAGUACAAGGGCGGUUCGUUCAAUAUUUUGAGUUUGGUGGCGGCGCUCUUUGUGCUCGUACCUGUGGCCCUGCUUAUUUUUGCGUACACGUCCUACGGUACGCUUUGGGGCUAG